AUUCCUGUGGUAAAGUCCCCCGUGAGCUGCAGGACCAGGAGAGAUCUGCUGUGAGUCCAAGCUGAUCAAGAAUUCCAGCUUUUUGAUACCUCCAGUUCUGCCAGGGAGUUCAACCCGGCUGAUUUUGUGUCCCACAGUGGACUCUCUUCUCCAUGGCCCCCCUGGCUCAUAUCCUGGCACUGCUGGCAGUGACCAUGGCCACUGCAGCCAUCAAGGUGGUGCCCCUGGACAUGGCCCAGAAGUCCUUUGAUGACCAGUACCUGAACUGCGGCCCUGCCAUGACCGCGGCGUUGCCGGCCCUCAACAGCUCUGAGUUCCAGGAGAACAAGAACUUUGCCCAGGUCUGGGUGAAGGCCACGGCCGAGUGGCAGAAGCGGGGCUCCUCUUCAUCCACUCUGUCCCCAGCCCAGGCCAUCGCCCUCAUGGCCUACACCAUGAACGACGUGUACCGGGAGUUCAACAGUGCCGUGCGCGAGGCUGGACGCUCCAGCCAGGAAUACCGGGACAACUUCCACUUCAAAACGCUGCAUUUCCUGCUGACCCAGGCCCUCCAGAAGCUGAGACGCCCUAAUGACUGUCAGAAUGUGUUCCGGGGGGUGAGAAACUACCACUUUGAGGUGGAACCUGGUGAGAAAGUCCGCUUCGGUCAAUUCGCUUCGACGUCGCAGAGCAAAGAGGUCUCCCAGCGUUAUGGGACAGACACAAUGUUUGAGGUGUACACGUGCCAUGGCGUGGACAUCCAGAAGUUCUCCUACGAUGAAAGUCAGAAGGAAGUGCUGGUCCCACCCUUCGAGACCUUCGAGGUCAUUGAUGUCAAGGCGGAAGGAAACACGUUGAAAAUUGGGCUUCGCUCCGCCGGGAACUCCAGCAACUACAACUGCGAGUGGCUGCGAGGUGGGAGCCUCCCCAGGAACUUUCCCCAUCUUGGAGGACUUCUCCUGGCUACCGUGGCCAUGGCAGUGGCCAUUGGAACCUCUGAGUCGUGA